CACUCAGGAGGUCUCUCCCCCCCGGCCCUAGGUCUGACCUGCAUCAGAUGAUCACCACCAAGAACGUGGAGAACAUCCAGCUCCUGCCCUUCCUCACCACCGAUGCCAACAACCUGAGCUGGCUGGGUUACGGGUGCCUGAAUCAGGACCGGACGCUGAUCGUCGUCAACAGCAUCGGGGCGGCUCUGCAAAGCCUCUACAUCCUGGUGUACUUCUACUACAGCACCACAAAGCGUGAGGUGCUGCUGAAGGUCCUGGUGCUCCUGGCACUGCUGGCUGCACUCUACGGCUACUUCACCUGCCUGACCCCUGACAAGCAGCGGAGCCACCUGGGGCUCUUCUGCAGCACCUUCACCAUCGCCAUGUACUUCUCACCGCUGGCCAACCUGGCCAAGGUGAUCCGGAGCAGGUCGACGCGCUGCUUGUCCUUCCCCCUGACCGUCACCACCUUCCUGGCCUCCAGCAGCUGGACACUGUACGGGCUGCUGCUCUCCGACCUGUACAUCACGGUCCCCAACGUGCCGGGCAUCCUCACCAGCGUCGUGCGGCUCUGGCUGUUCUGGCACUACGCCCCAGGCCGGGACAAGCCCUACAGACCCCUGCACGCCUGAGGGGGCCCUGCCGAUGCCAGAGCCCCAGGGCCAGGCCAGUCUCAGACACUUGGUGACCAAGGAAGGGCCCCCACUUGCCAUUCUGCUCCUGCUGCUGCAGCGUCACCAGCUCCCGCUGGGUGACACCAGGGUGUCCCCAUCAGACGAGGGCUCCCAGCAGGACUGGGGCCCUGGGGGGCGCCUCCGUCCCUCGCCGCCGCGGUUUGUCCUCUGGCAGCUCCUCUCCGUUGGCCCUCGAGCCGGUUUUCCCACGGUGGUGGUUGGUUUGUUCACAGCGAUGCCUUCGGGGUGGUGGGCUCCCCCUGCCCCCAUCCCCGUGAUGUUCUUCCAGGCCCUGCCCCAGCGCGGGGCUGGGUGGGCAGCCCCAUUUUGUACGAAUCGAAGUGCCUUUUAAUAAAUCGCAGACUCUUCCCAGUGCCUGCUUGUCGUCCCCUCCCGCUCUGGGCUGUGCUGGGGCCAGCACAGCUCCUGUCCCUGCAGUGCUUUGGCCUGGGGAUGCUGGGGGCUAAUCCUGGCACCCUCUGAGCCCUGCGGUUCCUCACCCACCAGCACCCGCUUGCCCGUGGGGUGCAGCAAGCCCCCCGCAGGGGCCUCCAGCCUCAGCCUGGGAAGGGGGCAGCAGCACUGGGUGGUAGGGGCAGGAAGCGUGGCACGGAGGAAAGCAGUGCUGCCUGAGGGUGCUCCGCCGACAUCCCCAAGCAGCAGCACGGGGACACCGGUCAUGGCGUGGAAAGAAAAGUCCCUUCCGUAGCAUCAACACAGGGCUUGCUACCACCCAUUAUGCCAGCAAACUUAAAAUCAAUUAAAAUCCUCGCUAAAACCA